UGCUGUCCUCUUAUGACUAGCUGGCUCUCUCGGGCUUGGAGAAAGGUCCAGGGAUCCGCCGCGUCCUCCUUGACGCUGUAGUUUGGUGACUGCAAUAUGUUUGGGUGGUGCGGCAGGAUAGGACGAUGAGCGAGUAUCGACAGUGUUGUCUUUCCAAGGAUCAUUCGCUAUAGGAGAGCUCCAACUAAAUGCCGCUGGGACGUCAGUUGAAAGCGGCAGGACAUCCUGUUUCGAUGGUUUGAUCGGAUUGGAGACUGCUACAGCGGAUCUUUGUCUAGUAUGAAGCGGCAUUUUCUGCUCAGGCGGGGCUGGGGUGUCCCAAUAAAAGGAAGCCCUUGCGCCGGGGCCUCGGCCUGCCAUUCGAUCUUCAUUCGCCCACCUCAAUACCGUUUUAUUAACCUCGGAUCGGAUAGUAGACGAUUUCCAAGUGACGCGAAUGUAGUUAUCGUAGUCCUGACCGGAAUUGAACUCGCGCAUUGUUGAUUUUCGAGUGAGGCGAUACCAUGCUUUGCGCGUAGCCGAGCUCGAGAAAGCUGGGUCAUCCGGAGCUUCUUCCAAUUGCGCCCCUUCUACUUCAGUAUCGAACAAUUGUUUCAUGAGAUCCGCAUCGAUCGGAUUCCACAAUCGGCGCUUCUUGGGAAGAUUGCAACAUCUCGGUAUCUACCUUGGGCUCAAUGGACUCCUGGCUGGCAUGAUCCUCGAGUUGGCCGUCCACUCCACCAUUUGUAACCGGCUGCGGUUCAUCGAAAGAGGUGCGCGGUGACUCGGUCGUUGUUCCAUGCUGACUGAGAUCAGAGGAAGAUAUAGACGGGCGCGUAGACAGAUCAUCGUCGGGGUGCAGCGAGUCUGCAAAAUUGGGCGUUGUAGGCCGUGGCGCCUCGUCAGGCUGUAUUGUUGUUGCUGAGUCUGAUGUCUCUGAUACGACUUUCCCCGCCUCCCUCCCCAAAGCGUCCUCAUGCACCAUAUCCCAUUCGUUUACUUCAUGCGACGGUUCUUCCAUCUCUUUCGCGGGUAUACGCUCGUGUUCAUCAUUGAUCUUCGUGUCCAUUUCAUCAUCAUCAUCAUCAUCAUCACCACCACCCCAGCCCAGCGUUGUCUCUACAGAGACUCCCGUCGUUCCCACAGCUUGGACUUCACCAGCCCAGCCGCCCAUGUCGUCCAUUCCACUAUCUUCAUUGCCGCCCCAUUGGGCAUCAUCGUCCCAGACAUUGUUAAGAAUAGUUGUUGUGCGCGCCGGCGUAGCUACUUUGAGUUUGGUUGGAGAGUCGGGUUGAUUGUCGGCCCACGGGUCGGACCAUUGAUCCAUCGUGGAGAUACGAGCUUCAUAAUUAGCCGCGAGCCCGCGCGCGUCCGGUCAAAGGGUUGUUGUGAGAGGCGAGAGGUGAUGGGAGAGAAACUGGGUACUAGAUCGGCUGGUGUCGGGGAUAGCUGGCCUCGGAGCGCGGAGGUCCCUGCCAAGCUAAGCCAUCCUUUAGAUUACCGAACAGAUCCGGAUAUAAAAAGAAACGGAUUGCAUAUCCAUUCCAGCACCUCAUGUGGAAUUAGCCACCUCAGUACUCACGAUGUUAAACAUUCAAAUGCUUUCCCUGCUUAUGAUUUAUUACGGAAACACACCAUCAACUUGAUAGGGUUCGUCAUAUAGUAUUUUUUCCAUGGCAUUAUAAGGUAAAACCGGUAUUCAUCUGCAGCUACAUAAAUGGGUACCUACCUAGGUAGCAUUACUGGUCUGCUCAUUCAACUUGAUCUUGGGAAGUAUUGAAGCAAACCAUUUCCCGGGUACCGGUUUCAUCCUGUAUCCACAUAUUCACAAUUCCUCCACAUUGACGGGAGAUAUGAGCUCGCAACAUAAAAAUCGGCUCAUUCGUCUAGAUCAUCUUCCAAGCCCUCCCAUUCCUCAUCUGCCUGCAUGUUCCGAGCCUCCUCUACAGCUGCCAUGGCCAAGGCAUCUGCCUGAGCCGCCAUAGUUUCCGACAUUGAUCUAGGCCUGGGCCUCGUGAAUAUCUUUGAGAGCUUGGGGUCACCGCUAGACAUGCUGUCCUGAUCCUCCACCUCUUCUCCAUCGCUAUCCAACUCUUGCCAAGUUCCCAUAUAUCCCUCGUUCUCGCUCACAAUGCUCUUGCCACGUCCCCUUAUGUCCAGCUCUCCACGAACAUAAUCCAGCGUCUCCUGUCGAACCUCCCGGAACUUAUGGACUUGCGGAGACGUCCCAAUGUACACAUCGUCGCUAUCCU